UGUAGAAUUUAACAAAUUAUCCUGAAGUACCGGUACCGUGAAAUAGACAAUCAAUUAACUAAGCAGCUCAUUUCAAGCCUAAACAUGGUCUCACAGCACCAUUGCAGGCAAAGAAGGAGCAAGUUACACAUUUGAUGGGAAAGGGAAGAUUUGGCGUUCCAUCGGUAUAGAUUUGCUUCCGGUGAAGUUGACCGCGUCAAGGCGUAUGUGCAGCUCUGCAUCCAGUCACAAUAAUUUUGCUGUAGAGUAAGAUAACCGUCACGGUACUGUCUGGAGAAUCCUUUUCUUUCCUCGAGGCAAAGCAUACAUAUAAAUCGAAACAUGGAUGAGGACACGUUUCGACGUGCAGCCGGUGAUGUGGCCAAUUUUAUCGUAGAUUACCUGAAAGGUGUUAAGGACCGGCCCGUGUUGCCCUCCGUGGAGCCUGGCUAUCUACACAAGUUGCUUCCCGCAAACGCUCCCCAGCAACCUGAGGCAUGGGAGGACGUGAUAAAAGACGUAUACGACAAGAUUCUGCCUGGAAUGACCCACUGGCACCAUCCACAUUUCCACGCCUACUUCCCGGGCGGUAACUCCUAUCCCGCCAUGCUGGCGGAAUUUCUGGUUGCCGGGCUAGGCAGCAUCAGUUUUACCUGGAUUGCCUCCCCUGUCAUGACGGAAUUGGAGACGGUCAUGGUUGACUGGGUUGGACGCAUGAUGGGUCUACCAAAGGAACUUCUACCGUACACCGAAGGGUGUAAAGGGGGAGGGGUCAUUCAGACUUCAUCCAGUGAGUGCACUCUCGUGUGUCUGUUUGCUGCCAGAACAAAGACAAUUAACGCCAUGAAGGAGAAACAACCAGAUGAAGAUGACUGCAUCUUGCUAUCUAAGCUGGUGGCUUAUUUCUCAGAAGAGGCCCAUUCAUCGGUGGAGAAGGCGGCCAAUAUUGCCUUUGUGAAAAGACACAUUUUACCGACCGAUGAUGAGUUCGCUCUCCGUGGGGAGACUCUACGCAAAGCAGUGGAGGAGGAUAUAGCAAGUGGACUGGUUCCCUUCUUUGUCUGUGCUACCAUGGGAACAACAAGCAGUACAGCUGUGGAUAACAUCGAGGAAAUUGGCCAAGUCUGCGCUGAAAAGGACCUGUGGCUUCACGUGGACGGAGCCUAUGCUGGCAACGCACUCAUCUGUCCAGAGUUCAAGUAUCUACUCGACGGAUUCCAGUAUGUGUCGUCAUUCAACUACAAUCCUGUUAAGUGGAUGCACGUCGGCAUAGACUGUUCUGUUAUGUGGGUGAGGGACAAGUACUUACUAGUCGAGGCACUGUCCAUCAACCGCAUCUACUACAUGGAAGCUGAACAAGAGAAGCACUUGCUUGAUUACAGGAACUGGACCAUCCCCCUGAGCCGCCGAUUCCGGUCUUUGAAACUGUGGUUUGUCAUCAGGUUGUACGGCGUGGAAGGACUUCAAGCUUACAUAAGAUCGCACGUGGCCUUGGCCAAGUUGUUUGAGUCUUGGGUGCUGGCGGAUGACAGGUUCGAGGUUGUCGGCACUGUGAAGUUCGGCCUCGUGUGCUUUAGACUCAAGGGGGAGAACAAUUUGACAGAAUUUCUCCUGCAACGAAUCAACCAAUCUGGCAAGGCCCACAUGGUUCCGACCUCCCUUAAAGGGAAAUAUGUUAUUCGCUUCACCCCGGCUAGUUGGUACUACUCCGAGGAGAUCACUAAGAAAACCUGGGACAUCGUCACCGACUUCGCUGAGGUGGUGCUUCGUAAACACCAGGAAGCCGUCAAGCGAUUCCAGAGUCUACUGGCCAAGUACAAGGACUACGCUCGAGCCAGGCGUGAGUCAGUCGAUGAGGAAGUCUUUGGAGAAGAAGAGGAGGGAUCGUGGACCGGAGUCCUCCGCAAGCUUGGGUAUCAAGCCAAAUCCAUAUCCUCUGAAGCGCCGGCCAGGCGCCUCUCUUCUCUUGAUGACAUUCAAGAGGAUUCUCCCCUGGAUGCCGUUGGGAGAAAUGCACCGGUGUCUCCCACACCUGAAGAUCGCAAGGAGAAACGGAGAAGAAAGAGUUCCUUCCAGUCGCUGACCCGCUACUUUGGCGAAUCAACGAGGACAGUCAAGCAACCGAGCGAAACACUCUUUUCCUAAACCGUAUAAAAUAAAGGCAUGAUCUGACACCAUCUCUAUUCUUAUAUGCUAUGAGAAUAGGUUUAUGACACGCAUUCAUACGUUUAGCAGAACGGUACCAUAUGCUUAUGAUUACGAACAUGACCAGAAAGUUCCUGUCCUUAUUUUACUUUUGUUAAAGGUAUUCCGCAUUAAGCAAAUAUUGACUGCUUCAAGAGGUGUAGUAAAACUAGCCUUCCGGCUUGAUCCACAGAGCAUUAUAUUUUCCCGAGACGAACAUUUUCGUAUUCUUAUCCUACACUUUACACAGGGGAGUCUGAUAAAACAAAUUCGGGCACUAGUGCAUGACUAUGACCUCCUCAGGCGUGAGAGUAACCAGAAGAGGGUCAUAGGGAAAUAGAACCCUCUUCUGGUCACUCACAGUACCUCGGGGCGCAUAGACGUGCACUAGUGACUACAUUGUUAGUCCAUAAUGUAUACAAUGCUACUGUUUGUAUUCUGAUGUUGCUUUUACAUUAUUGUAACCUUUACAUUAUUACUGCAGCUAUAUUUGCUCCAUUAAACGCAUUUCAUUUAACUUACUAGUGAUAUUUUCGGGGGGAAACCGAUAUAAGGGUGUGGAAAGUUUUUGAUUGGUAGAACGUUACAAUGAGUCAUAAAGCGAAUUUUGUUUAUUAUUUUAAUAUUUGUAUUAUUACCAUUCUUUUAACAUACUUUUCUUCACAAUAUUAGUUUUAAAAGCUUAUAUUUUCGAAAUUGUUCGCAUCGUCAAAAAGCAAUUUUAGAAGCACAUGUAAAUCAACUGAUUGUUUCUGCUCUUGGUAGGAAUCGAGCCCCAUGCGGUUGGCAUGGUUCUCUGCAGCUUUUAAUUUGCAUUCAAACGGUUGGAUCAAUCUGAGAACAACUGAUCGGUUUUUGGAUUUUUGAGAUACACAGGCAUUCAUCAUGUACCCCACAUUUGCAAUCUCUGUCUAUUUUCUCCAGUUACUCUAUGGUUUUAGAGGGGAAAAUCAGUUAGCAUAUAUGAAUAAAUCAAACGUCUCUACAAAAUUAUUUGCUUAAUUCUACUCAUGUGGUUUAAAAAUAAAGGGUUGCUGCCUUCAGAGAUUGA